AGACCAAAAUGGCUGGCAAUCAGCGGCGAGGUCGUGCGUCGAGCGCUCUGAAAUGGGAUUCAAACAGCGCGAAACAGACAGCUCCAGGGCGGAAACCGUUGGCCGACCCGACUUCGGUGUCCCAAGUGCUCGUCAUGGUGGGCCUGCACAUCUGCCGGCGGGUUGUUCUUGUCCAGCCCAGCGUAAAAGUGCCCGUCUACCUCGGCAUCCUUCUCUUUGGUUCGAUCAUGUGCGACUUUUUCCCCAUACCACGUAGUUACCUGUCCCGCAAGGACAACGUGUUCAACGUGUACUUCGUCAAGCUCGCCUGGGGCUGGACGCUCAUCACGGUCGGUCUGUUCUUAGCGCUGUCCAGCUGGGUUUACUGCUGCGGCGAUCGCGCGCUCAUCCGACGCCACCUGAGCCGACUCGCCGUCGGAACGGCAGUCUGGUUUUUCACCACUAACUUCUUUGUCGUCUUCGAGUCGUACACCGGAUACUGCAGUUCGGAGAAGUACGCUACGCGACAACUCUGCGUUCGAAACGGCUACCGCUGGUUGGGCUUCGACAUCUCCGGUCACGCAUUUCUGCUCAUCUAUUGCAAUCUGCUCAUCAUGGAAGAGGCGAAGAGCUUGUGCGGCUGGGAGCGCAUCGGCGAGAUGAUCAGGAACGAGAAGUACGACGACGACAGCCCUCUAAAGGACGUUGCCGAGCAUCACCUGGUGGUGCUGCGGGACUCGUACCCCAAGCUCACGCCUUACGUGCGGCUCAUGUUUGUGGCCAUGACGCUGCUCUCGAUAUUGUGGGACGUUAUGCUCGUGUGCACCGUAGUCUAUUUUCACACGAUGGUGCAGAAGGCGCUCGGGGGUGUCAUUGCGAUCCUGCUGUGGUUCCUGACCUACAGAGUCUGGUACAUGUCGCAGUGGUCCCCUGGCCUGCCCGGAAAAGGCUUGUUUCGAUAUGGCGACAUUGUGAGAAAGUCUUGGAAAGCGUCUGGCAGUAAAAGUUGAUUACUGCAGCUUUUUACUCGUUUGUCACGUUUAAUGACGCACGCGUUGUUGUUGACCCUGGGGUGUUAUCGUUUUGUUUGCCAACAAUUCAUUAUUUUCCAAAUUCACGGCUCCAGACUUCUUGGUAUGAAUAUAUGCUCGCGAUUGGCGACAGACUUUAAAGCUAGAAAUUCCUACAGACAGCCCUGGUAUGCACGCACCUUCACUGCCAAGACCUCUCAAACCGUGGAUUUCUGAAAAUUCUGAUUUGUAUAUUGUUUUAUCCCAAAGUAGCACCCGUCGGACAAGGUUGUGUUGUACUCACUUAAUAUGAAGAAUUUUGUGUAAAUUGUUGUAUGUUGCAGCUUAUCUCAUUGUGCAUGCAACAAUUGAAAGACAUUGAACAUGUGGUUUAUAUUGCCCUUUUAAUAUAUGCUUGCAAUUAUAUUUACACCCAUCCUCAUUGUGUCAGCUCAAAAUGAACAAACUUUGUAAUAAAGAUGCUACCUCUUACAAAA